AUGGAGAGCGGCGCUCCCUAUUUCACCAACAAUGUCUUCUACACCCACACUUCCGCCAAAGAGACGGGCAAGCGAUCACGGCCGGGCACCAGUCACGGAGAGCGAAGCAACAGCAACACGGGCGACCGGCCGAACGUCCUGACCAAGGACCGCGAGCGCAGGAACUCGCUGAGCCGCCGCGCAUCCUUUUCAUCCCCCUCCAAGGGCAAACGCCGCCCGAGUUCGUCUGCGCAUGGCGGAGCAGUCGUGACAGACGCCGCGAUCCCUCCCGCCCUGCCCGACUUUGCGCUCGCAACAGCGGCGAAAUUCGCCAAGGAAAACGAGGUCGCAGUCCAGUCGCCCGCGUCGGUCGACUCCUUCAGCAAGAUGCUAUCCCGCACGGCGCCUGUGCCCUCGAACAGCUACGGCGGCGGGAUGAACGCCGUGCCGCCCAUGCCCCAACCCGGCCUGCAGGCCAGCCAGCCCAGCGAAUCCGACAUAAUAUACCAGCACAUACAAGAGAUGGCGAACAAGCGCAUCUCGACGCUGGACUAUCUGCGGAAAGCGCACGAUGGCAGGGUCUACUGGUUCAAUACACUGCUUUUCGACAAGCCAGACCUGGCACGAAUGCCCUAUUUCGAAACAAGGAAACUGGCGCGACGGGCAACGAACUACCUACUGCUCGGUCUUUCGCUCCCGACUGUCAUCGACCUGAACUCGUCGACACCUCUGGAGUUUCUCCGGUCGCUGAACACACUUUUCACCGAGUUCGACUCGUACCAGCAGAUCCACACGGAAAACGGAACCAACGUCUCUUCACUGUCGCGCGCCCGCCUGCCGCAGAUGUUCCGGCGUGGGCCCGCCGGCAAGGGGCGACGCACCAGUGGCGCCGGCGAUCUUGGAAUCUUGACAGAUGCCAACGGUGCUAUGAACAACGGAGGCGCAACACAGACGCCCACCUCGGUUAUCUCGUUUGGCCUGGGUGGGGAGGGCAACGAGCUGCUGCCGGGCGAGGAGUACACACAUCUCCUCACCCCAAGCCUGCCCUUCGACCCGGACUUCUUCGAGACCUUUGCGACCUUGUGCGACAUGCUCAUUGACUGCUACAGCAAGCUCAUCAGCCUGAUCCCCACGCCCAAGGACUGCUCGCCUCUCAUCGCCGAGCUUUUCACAAAGGUGGACUCCAAGGUGCGGAAGAUCAUCAUCCAGGGCGUGGUCAAGGAGUUCGAGGACAGCAGUCGAGCAGGACUGAAGCAGGAGAUGGGCAGCGUGGGAAAGGUUGUGCUCGGUGGACUGAUGUAG